AUGGCCUCCUCGGCCCAAACUGCCCGCCAGUUAGGCAACGAAGCUAGUCAAACCCUAAGCCACCUAUGCAGGUUCCCCUUAUACGACUCAGCCUCGUUUCUAGCCCCGUCCCUUCCUAGGAAGUUCGGCUGCGUUUCGUCCAAACCCCCACCAACAGAUUGGCCUCCUCCUGCCAAGCUGGCCUGUGCUGCAGCGAGCACCAAGGACUCUCUCGACAAACCCCAGUCGCCGAACACAGUUUCCAAGCCCGAUUUCACGAUGUUCGCCGCCGAAGAGGAAACUCUCGCCGAGUCUGGAGAGGAUCUCUUGGUCGACUACCUUCACGAAGGGCUCAUGCACGACGCCGCGAGCUCCCCCGACCAUCCUGCUGCGAAGAAGCCCUGCAUGGACUCUGGUGCUGGCCUUGCUAACUUCAACUCCCCCUCCGCCUCCUCCGAUUCGAUGUUGGCGCAGCCAGCGCAGUCUCCUGUGCUCCCCGCUGCUGCUGCUGCUGCUGCUGCCCUCGCCACCUCUGCAAAGCCCCGCGCCCUCUCUGGCAGCAACUCUGCCGCCCCCAACGCCCUGGCCAUUCGCGCCGCUGCCUACGCGGCUGUUGCCUCCGCUGCUAACCCGGCCCCCGCGCUGCCCGUCUCGCUUUUUGCCUCCUCCGCACCGGACUGA